AUGGGGGGCACCCAGGGUGCUGGAGGGGACAGGGGCCUCUGUGAUGCAGGGAGGGCUUGCAGCCAUGCUGACCGGCCUCUUCCCCCAUGCCACAGGCUAGAGGAGGGACCCUUGGAGGGGCAGCGGGAGUCCAAGUGGCUGGAUAUGCUCAACAACUGGGACAAGUGGAUGGCAAAAAAACACAAGAAGAUCCGGCUGCGGUGCCAGAAGGGGAUCCCACCCUCACUGCGGGGCCGAGCCUGGCAGUACCUCUCCGGGAGCAAGGUGAAGCUUGAGCAGAACAUUGGCAAGUUUGAUGAACUGGAUCUCCUCCCAGGGGACCCUAAGUGGCUGGACGUGAUCGAGCGGGAUCUCCAUCGGCAGUUCCCCUUCCAUGAGAUGUUCGUCUCACGUGGAGGCCACGGGCAGCAGGACCUGUUUCGGGUGCUGAAGGCAUACACACUGUACCGCCCGGAGGAGGGCUACUGCCAGGCCCAGGCCCCCAUCGCCGCUGUCCUGCUCAUGCACAUGCCAGCUGAGCAAGCGUUCUGGUGCCUGGUGCAGAUCUGCGAGAAGUACCUCCCUGGCUACUACAGCGAGAAGCUGGAGGCCAUUCAGCUGGACGGGCAGAUCCUCUUCUCGCUGCUGCACAAGGUCUCGCCUGUAGCCUACAAGCACCUGAGCAAGCAGAAGAUCGACCCCAUCCUCUACAUGACAGAGUGGUUCAUGUGCGCCUUCUCCCGCACGCUGCCCUGGAGCUCUGUCCUGCGUGUCUGGGACAUGUUCUUCUGCGAAGGGGUGAAGAUCAUCUUCCGGGUGGGCCUUGUGCUGCUCAAACACACCCUGGGCUCCUCAGACAAGCUCAAGUCCUGCCAGGGCCAGUACGAGACCAUGGAGAGGCUGAGGGCCCUCAGCCCCAAGAUCAUGCAGGAGACCUUCCUGGUGCAGGAGGUCAUUGAGCUGCCAGUGACGGAGCGUCAGAUCGAGCGGGAGCACCUGAUCCAGCUGAAGAAGUGGCGCGAGACACACGGGGAGCUGCAGUGCAAGUCCCCCCCGCGC